CUCUCGAUGUUAGCAUGCUAAUGUGCCAAGCAAACUCUUAAGUUAACUUUGCCUUGUGCGGUAGUAUGGCAGCAGACCCGAGCCCGUAGAUGACUGAAUGAGCGACAAAGUUGAUAUUAUUCAUGGUCAGGGUAUCGCGUGCCACGAAAUCUACGUAGACAAAUGUUUCUGCGUAAAUCCUUGCCGACAAGUGCGAUACAUUUAUAGUUUCACUUGCAUGGAAUAGUGUUCGUGUUUGGAUGCAACGUUACACACUUUGAAGACAAUUUGAAACCGCGUUGAAAUGAAUAAUCUGUCGUUUGACGAUCCGUCACUGGACAACUUGGACUCCAGUUUAUCUUUACAUGAUCCGAGUGAUAUUGACACAGCCCUGCUCAAUGACAUUGAUGACAUGCUCCAGCUUAUCAACACCCAGGACAUGGAGUUUGGAGGGUUGUUCGAUAACACAUUUCCCGCUCCCCCUGCCCUCACACAGGAGCUCACGGUCCCGUCUCACUCCAGCUCCCCCUCUCCUCCCGCAUCCUCUACUCCCCCCACCCCCUCCACCAUCCUCAGCAGCAGCCCCCACCUGGAUGCCCUGCUCGGCCCCCCCAUCACUCGCAGCUCCUCCGUCCCAGACAAGGCCUUCCAGCCUCCCACGUUCCAGCAGUCUCCCCUGGCACAGGCAGCCUCCACUCCUGCGAACCCCACCACACUGCAGCCCAAAGCUCAGCCUGCUCCGUCCCCGAACCUCAACCCAACAAGCCCAGUGACCCAGAGCCAUGCUGCCCCGGUCGGGAAGAGCUCUGUGUUCGGCUCCACCCAGCAGACCCUCUUCAUCUCAGCUGCACCGCAGCAGCCUGUGGCCACCUACCCUAACCAGAGCGGUUACCCUGCCGUUGCUCAGCAGAGCUCUCAACAUCCAAUCCAGAGUCUUCCCACCUCUCCACAGAAUGUUCAGCCGAUGGCCAUCCAAACACGGGUGCAGAGCCUCUCGGGUUCACCCAUCCUGACGGCGGCUAACAGCACACCCACACAUACCAUCUCUCAGGUUCAACAGCUUCCUGUUUUGCUGCAGCCUCAGUUCAUUAAGGCUGAGUCUGUACUGCUCACCACCCUGAAGCCGGAAGUUACCAUGGUAACCACAGUAGCAUCCCCCUGCAUCACAUCGCUGGCCACAUCCACCUCAUCUAUACAGAACACCCAACUGCAGGCUCUGAUGUCUGGAGGCACCAUCCUGACCACCGUUCCAAUGAUUGUGGACACAGAGAAGCUUCCCAUCAACCGUAUCGCCAUCUGUGGGAAACCAGGCAUCCAGCCGCACAAAGGCGAGAAACGCACGGCCCACAAUGCCAUCGAGAAACGCUACCGCUCCUCAAUCAAUGACAAGAUCCUUGAGCUCAAAGAUCUAGUGUCUGGAACAGAAGCUAAGCUCAAUAAAUCUGCAGUGUUAAAGAAAGCCAUCGAUUACAUCCGCUACCUUCAGCAGUCCAACCAGAAACUCAAGCAGGAGAACAUGGCGCUCAAGAUGUCCACCCAGAAGAACAAGUCUCUCAAAGACCUUGUGACCAUGGAGGUGGAUGUGAAACCAGAAAUCCCCACGCCACCAGCCUCAGACGUCGGUUCCCCCCAGUCCAGUGGACCCUACUCCCAACACAGCAGCGACUCAGAGCCAGACAGCCCAAUGGGAGAAGACAGCAAGCCUGUGGUUGAAAGAGCCGGAGGAAUGCUGGACCGCUCUCGCAUGGCACUGUGCGCUUUCACCCUCCUCUUCCUCUCUUUUAACCCGAUGGCGUCCCUGUUGUGUGGGGGCUGGAGCAGCUCGGGGACGUCCGUCUCAGGAAACCCUGGAGGAAGGAAUGUGCUGGGAGUGGAGGAAGCAGAGUCAUGGGGCUGGAUGGACUGGAUGCUGCCCACCCUUCUGGUAUGGCUGUUGAAUGGUGUUCUGGUUGCUGGGGUUCUGAUCAGACUGCUUGUGUAUGGAGAACCUGUAACCAGACCUCACUCAGAAUCAUCUGUCCUCUUCUGGAGACACCGCAAACAGGCCGACCUUGACCUGGCCAGGGGAGACUUUGCUCAGGCCUCUCAGAACCUCUGGACAUGUCUUAAGGCUCUUGGUCGUCCUCUGCCCACCUCUCAGCUUGACCUGACAUGCGCUGUACUAUGGUCUGGCCUGCGUCUGUGUUUGCAGAAGCUCUGGGUGGGCCGCUGGUUAGCCAAUCGCGCUGGGGCCCUGCGUUCCAACCGCCCCCUGCAGGAGGACGCCCGCAAGAGCUGCCGUGACGCUGCACUGGUUUAUCACCGCCUACAUCAACUUCACAUGACCGGUAAGCUGGGUGGUAGCCACCUCUCUGGCGUCCACAUGGCACUGAGUGCUCUAAACCUGGCCGAGUGUGCGGGAGACUGUCUGUCCGUCGGCACACUGGCCGAAAUCUACGUUUCCACAGCCCUGCGAGUAAAAACCACCCUACCCCGCCUGCUACACUUUAGCACACGUGUGUUCUUGAGCAGCGCUCGCCAGGCUUGUCUCUCGCCCAGUGGCAGCGUCCCUCCAGCUAUGCAAUGGCUGUGUCACCCCAUGGGUCAUCGUUUCUUUGUGGAUGGAGACUGGUCCAUACGCAGCACCCCAAAAGAAAGCACCUACAGCCAGGCAGGAAACUCAGUUGAUCCGCUGGCUCAGGUGACCCAGGCGUUUCGUGAGCAUCUGCUGGAGAAGGCCCUAUACUGCGUGGCACAGCCGCAGGGUGAUAAGACCCUCACGGAGGGUGAUGGAGAAUACUCAGACGCUCUGGAAUACCUGCAGUUACUAACCAGCGCAUCAGACGCGGCAGGGGCCACCACCCAGUCCUUCGCCAUCGGGUCAAACAUGGCAACCGUCACCGGCUGUGACCCUCACUCGAAAUGGUGGUCAUCGGUUGCCGUUGUGGUCAUCAAUUGGCUGCAGGGUGAUGACGUGGCGGCCGAGAGAUUGUACCCAGCGGUGGAACACUUACCCCACCGCCUGCAGUCUGCUGAGAGUCCUCUCCCCAAAGCCUGUCUGAACAUGUUUAAAGCGGUGCGUGCCCUGCUGGCCAAACCGCAGAACUACCAGCUCAGCCUCAGCUACUGUGAGAAAGCCACCGGGCUGUUCAAAGACGGCCUCAACCUCGGGCCGCACUGUAACACCAGUACUUUAGACAAGCUGGUGCAGCUGCUGCUGUGUGAUCUUCUGCUGGUGACGCGCACUAACGUGUGGAGGGAGCAGCAGGUGGCGUCUCAGCAGAGCUCCCCGUCGGCCGCAUCGCCUGCAGAGCUGCAGGGCUUCCAGCAAGACCUCAGUUCCCUCCGCAAGCUCGCUCAGAGCUUCAGACCGGCCAUGCGCAGGUUGUUUCUGCAUGAAGCCACAGCUCGGCUGAUGGCAGGAGCCAGUCCAACACGCACACAUCAGCUCUUGGACCGCAGUCUGCGACGCCGUGCCACGUCUGGAAGCAGAACAGAGGAGUGCGAGAUGCGGCCAGGCCACCGGGAGCAGGCAGAAGCUGUGAUGCUGGCGUGCUGCUAUCUGCCCCCUUCCUUCCUGUCGGCUCCAGGGCAGAGGGUGGGCAUGCUGGUGGACGCUGCCCGAACGCUUGAAAAACUGGGCGAUAAACGCACCCUUCACGACUGCCAACAGAUGAUCAUCAAACUAGGAAGCGGAACGACCGUCACUACCACCUAGCCAAUAUCACACACACUAUUAAGAGCACUUUCGCAAAGACACCCCAUGAUCUCUUCGCAGAGAAUCGUCAAGCUCAUUAUUUCAGGCCUAUCUUAUGUUUCUACAGAAACUCAGACUUUAAUAAUUAGAGGUCAUAUGUUUUCAUGUUCGACUCUUCCCUUUGAUUCAUGAUGCCAUAUUUCUAAAAAAUCACAAGAUAUCGAUUCAGGGGCAAUAACGGGACCCUCUUUAAAAUACGCUGUGAUUUUAUACAUAUAAAAAUAAUUAUUUAACUUAUUUAUCUGCCCUAGAGAAGAUUAAACAGAAGUUGUUUUAUUCUGUUUCUUUUCGUGAAGAGGCUUUGUAAAAUGAUGCACUGUCAGCUCUGACGUUGGCCACUAGAUGGUGUUUUGGUUGGGUGAGCUGGCCAAAAGUUUGAAUUGAAAACAUAUUGUAGAGCUUCUCUGCUUUACUGUAGCACCUUUACAGAAAAAUAUACAUUACGAUAGAAAACCGAAGUCUUUUAUACUUCAGCAAUGAGGUAAAAGAAUAUAUGAAUUCUUACUUGCUCGCCUGGAAUGGAUUCUGAAUAUUGAUGUAAGAAAAUUAAGGCGCCUUUUCUUUGUAUAUAGUUUAUGUGUAUUUAUGAUUUGUCUGACAUUGCAGAUGAGCAGUAUUUGCAAAGAAGGGGGUGAUGGUAUUGGAAGAAUUUUGGACAACUGGUCUCAGAUCAGAAGAUAUGGGUGUGUGUCCAUUUGCACUAUUUUUGAGGCUGCCUUGCCACCUACAGACCUUUUGCCAUUGAGCCAACUAUUGAGUUUGUAUUUCCAGACAGGACGGUUAUAAGUCUUCCAUUGGAGUCGAAUGUUAUUGAAGUAUUGAUCAUGAGCAAAGACAUCAGCGUUUGUAUCUUUAUCCAAAGAUAUGUAUGAGACAUAUGAGGAUCUACCUACAGCUCUUGUUAGGAAGACAACCAUAUUUAUAUUUAACUUAUAGCCACGGUUAUAUAAAACUCGAAUGACUAUAGGUUUUAGUUUUGCAGUAACUGUAAGAGCAAUUGACUUUCAAUAGUUGUAUACUAACUUUUAUAUAGUGCUUGUGAUCAAAUCUCAAAGACAAAAUGUGUUAAACUUUGGUACACACACAGCAUAUCCUAUCAUCUUCUGUUUGAUUUAUUCAGAAUGUAAAUAAAAUACUUUUAUAAUGAAA